CGUACACAAAACAAUGAAUUUGGUACACCGGAACUGUGAAACGUCCUUAAUAUUUGUGAUAACUCGCAGUCCACACCAUGGAUAAUAUGUGCAGGUUAUGUCUAGAGCGGAUAGUGCGCAAAAAAGCAACUUCCAUCGGCAAUCAUCAAUUCCAAUCGAUGGUGCGGCGAGUGUUUCCAUUCGAGAUUGACUACGACACGAGAUUGCCGAUGAAGGUUUGUGGUAAAUGCUUCUCGAUAGUACGCGAGUUUCACUGGUACUCGCAGAAGGUGCAAGCAGUCCAAGAGCUGCUGGAGCGACAGCUUUACACGACGGAGAACGCAUCAUCAUGCCCUGUGGCAGAAGUAGCCAUUCGCGAUGAUGAUGCUGGGGAGGCUAAAGAGCAAAUUGGUUUUACCGCAUGUGACCUAAACACUCGAGCCGACAGUUUCUCCGAUACAGAAAGUGUUGGAUCGAAGGAUACGCAACGCACCGUACAAGAAGAUGCUACUCCAGCUAAUCAUAUCGACAGUGAACAUUGCAGAACUGAUUGCUCAAAUUCCAAUGAUCCGCAGAACAAUAUCGACGAGGUGGUAGAAGGCGAAGAAAUCGUGUCAAUGCAGUCCGAUGAAAUGCCCAACGACAACCCGGAGUCCAGCACAGCAAGCGUGCAUGAAUUACGAAACGAAAGUUUGCACACGGUAGUGGACCAACAGCCAGCAACGGUUACGACGCACGAUAAGGGCACUGAACCAUUAUCGUACAAUACGACGGAGGCGACGGAGUACGAACAGAGCAGUGAAACAAUUAACGACUACUUCCCAGGCCUUUCUGAAAUUGUGAUCAGCGACAGUGCUGGUUGGUUCGAAGAUGUUCAAAAUAUCAUCUGUGAAGAGGUGCCCCUGUUGGAAGAAUUUGAAAUCUUCACCAAAUGUAGCUUUGCGGAUGCCAACGAAUCCGCUGGGCAAGAGGCGGAAUCGAAUGAGCCAUCGGAGCCUCAAGAUCAACCACCAACUGUAGCAUCACAUCCAUGCGCCGCCGUGACUUUUCAGGUUGCCGGGCCCAAGGAGCCCGCCCAAGGGAUGGUCGCGAACCAUAAGGAAGAUUCUAAUCCAAAUGAAACGGAAGAAAUGGACUAUGGGUAUGAAGAGAAAAGUGAUGCAACAAAGGGCGUAAGUAUAAAAGAUCUAAAUCCAUCGGAUAGCCCAACAAUAGCCGACACAGAACACCAAACAGAUUCGCCGAUGAAAAAUACACAUGGAGAGAUCGAUUAUUCUCCAGAAUUGCACAAAGCUACCGAAUCUAUAGCGAGCAGUAUGUCCAGCCAGGACGAUAGCGCAGCUGGUGCAUAUAUCGGUGAACACCAACCUGCGUACCUUGCAGGACCCGAGGGGAUUAAUGGUCAUUUCGAAAAUCAGAAUGAUUGCUUCAACGAUGAACAUAAUCAAAGCAAUUUAAUCGAUCAUGUACAAGAAGUGCCAUACGAAGAGAUAGUGUAUAGCGAGGAAGCAGAGGAUCAGUCUGACACAAUUACUGAUCACGUACAAGAGGGUUCCCCAGAACGUGAGAUGGACAAGAUGCCGAUAGUAGCGGAAAACGUGAGCCCAUGCCACAGCAAUGCACAACCAGUAGUACCUUCUUCGUCUUCUGGGUUUAUGGAUGCGUUUAGUAAGUUUGUUAAAGAGCAGAACCCACCGGUAAAACCGUACAACAGGGGCAAAUCAAAGCUCGAACUAUACCGGCGGGCGGCAGUGGCCUCGAUAUCGAACAAUCAGCAACAAAAUCUUCCCACCAGGAUAUCAAAACACACAAAACGUAGGCAAAAAGCAUCCAACGAGCUCGAUAAUGCUAUCGAGAAGUACUUUGAUCUCCGGUGCGAACUGUGCCCCUUCGAUGCCGAGGAAUCCUUUAACACCUUCGACAGUUUAACGGAACACUUUCGCAAAGUGCACGAGACACGCGGGUACGCGCGAUGCUGUGGCAAACAGUACUUUUACCGUAGCCAACUGAUGGAACACAUCGAUUAUCAUCGGGGUCUUUUGCGGUGUAGCGUUUGCGAUAGAAACUUCACAACAAGAGCUACCAUGAAGCAACACGAGAGCGUGUACCAUCGGACGACAGAUGUACUGUAUCCGUGCCCGGAGUGUACGAAUGUGUUCGACAAUCCAAACGAAUUGUUAAUGCAUCAGUCUUUAGUGCACAAGAGAGUAAGUAGGGAGAUGCAGAAAAGCCAAGGCCAAAGGACAAUGGAGCGCGAAACAUGCGGCGGCGAGAACGAUGCCACCAAACCCGAUAACACGCUACCGUGUCUGCAUUGUAGCAAAGUUUUUCGCUCGGAGAAUCGCCUAAACUCGCACAUCCUUUUGUAUCAUGCCAGAAAACCCUUCGCCUGCGAGUUUUGUAGCUUUUUGUUUCCAAACAUGCCGUUGCUGCGAGCACACAAGCGUACCGUGCAUUCCGUGAAGGGAACAAGCAGCGACAGCAGAACAACGAUGCCCCAGAGUGAACCUAGGAUAGCGGGCAUCGUGAACGAUGAUGGAAAGGCAGCCCCGAAGAAAACGCACCUGUGUAAAACUGCUAUCUGUACGGUGAACAGCGAUAAAGCGAAGAGCGACGAUAAUAAAGCCAAGGUAGUAUCAUCCGCGAGCGAGGCUUAUAGCACGCGGUAAUAUUGAA